UUUUAAUUAAUUUAUUUUUUUUAAGGGUAAGUUUGUUUCUUAUAGAAGAUAUUGGUUCAGGAAGUUAAAGCAUCAUGAAUAUAAAUAAUCUCUGUUCCCUCCACGCCAAAAUGUCAACACAGGAAGCACUGGACAGUUCCAUAGAGAUCCUGGAGGAAGUACAGAAUGUGAGACCAAUGAACUCUGGUGUAGCACUGGAGGUGGAAGUUCUUUAUGAUGGUGGUGGCAGCAGCAGUGCCGACCCUCAGAUUAUACAGCAGGAUGAGGUGGAGCACAUUGCCACUAACACUCUGCACCAAGAGCAGCAGCAGCAGCAGCAGCAGCAGCAGCAGGAGACACCACCACCCAAACGAUCACAGCGGCAGCGGCGGCCGGUGCAGCAAUACCACCAGCAGCAACUGGAGCAGCAGCAGCAGGCGGCACAGCAGAGGCUUCAGCGACAACAGCAGCGGCAGCAGCAACAAAAGCAGCUGCAGCAACAGCGAGCCCAGCAAAGACAGAUGUUGCAGAUGCAACAAAAGCAGUUCCAACAGCAGCAGCAACAGCAACAACAGCAGCAGCAGCAGCAGAGCCAGCCACGGGGAGUGAAGCGCAAGGAGCCGGAGGUGCAGGUGGUGCGGCAGCCCAAGGCACAGAAGACCAGCCGGGGGGAGGUGGGCGGUGCUGGCACUCUCAAGUACCGCAAGAGGAUUCCAGACGAUGAUAUCCAGAUCGUGUUUGAGUGGGAUCCAGCCACGGUGAUAGCAGAGCGGCAGAAGGUGGAGGAGUGGGUGGCCAAGAAUGUGGUGACCAUGUUUGACCAGGAGAACACACUGCCCUUCAUUGCCCGCUACCGGAAGGACAAGACCGGCAACAUGGAUGUGGAGAAGCUGCGUGAAAUCCAAAACACUUACUCUCAGUUAAAGCAUGUUCAAGAGCGGGUGGUGAAGAUCCUGAAGACAGACAACAAAAAGUUGCCAGAGGACCGUAAGGAGUCACUGCUGCGAGCCACGACCAUGCAUGAAGUGGAGCACCUGACUGCUGCAUACAAGGGCAGUGGGAAACGUACUUAUGCUGAGCGAGCGCGUGAGCUGGGGCUGGGGCCAGCAGCCAUGGAGGUGCUGCAGGGUAUACAGAGCAAGUUUGUUGACCAGCAGGAGCUGUACCCCCUCAUUGACCCCAACCGUGAGGGCCUGCGCAGUGUGGAGGAGGUGGAGCAGGGGCUGCAGCACAUCAUUGCUGAUGUCAUCAGCAAGGACCCACAAGUGCUGGACUGUGUGCGGCGCCUGAUGAAGAUGUGUGAGCCACUUUUGGAAUGCACCAAGGCACGGAAGCAGCAGAAGAGGGACCAGGGCAAGGUGGCCAGUAGAGGACCAGGACCCAGUGAUGAUCUCUGUGCAAAAUAUGAACAUUACUUUGAUUUCAAGUGCAUGGCAUGGCACACCAAGCCCCAUGCAAUCCUGGCUAUGAACCGUGGGGAGCACCAGGGAGUGUUGACGGUCAAGAUUGUCAUUCCAGAGAACACAUAUCGCUAUUUCUUCAACUUCUGUCAGCAAAAGUGGCCAGGUCAUUCUCAGUAUUACCGCACCCAGCUUGUCAUGAUGAGCACUGAAGAUAGUUGGGAGAGACUGGUGAGGCCCUUCAUGCAGCGACAGAUCCGCAGUGAAUUGACAGAGAAGGCUGAGAUAGCAUCUGUCGAGGUGUUUGCUGCAAACCUGAGGAAGCUGCUGCUCACCCCACCAGUGCGAGGGAAGACAGUGCUUGCUAUUGAUCCAGGAUUUGCUAAUGGCUGUAAAAUAGGAGUGACCGAUCCAAAUGGGGACAAGGUGCUCACUACUACUAUAUAUCCCUUCCGUGGCAACCAGCACAUGCAAGCAGAGGAGUGGAUCAAAGACCACAAUGCCCGCUCCCUCAGAGAGAUUGUCCACAGAUUUGGAUGUGAGCUGUUUGUGGUGGGUAAUGGCUGUGGGUGCCGGGAGACGGAGACUUACCUGAGCCGCCUCAUUGCACAGAAGUGCUUUGAGCCGUACAAUGUGCAGUACUCCAUCAUCAAUGAAACUGGCGCAUCCCAGUACUCUGUGUCCGCUGAGGCGAAGGCAGAGUUCCCAGGUCUUGAUCCAAACCACAUUAGUGCCUUGUCGCUGGCGCGGCGGCUCCAAGACCCGCUGCUGGAGUACAUUAAGGUACAUCCUAUGCACAUGGGUGUUGGCAUGUACCAGCACGACAUUCCUGAGCGCAUCCUCCACGCCUCGCUUGACUCUGUCAUGACGGAGUGUGUCUCCUUUGUGGGUGUUGACAUCAACUGUGCUUCAGAAUUUGUACUUAGGAAACUGUCCGGCUUGAACAAGUCACGUGCAGCAAAUAUAGUGGAGUACAGGAAGACCAAGGGGCCCUUCAUAAACAGGGAGCAGUUGAAGUCUGUGAAAGGGGUGGGGCCUCGCACCUUUGAGCAGUGUGCAGGCUUCAUCAGAAUUAUGCCUGAAACACUUGCCAGUGAAGUUAACAGAACUCCCCAAGGAAAGAAGCGGGCAGCGAAGGAGGCAGUAAACCCCUUUGACCGCACAAUGAUCCACCCUGAGUCAUACGAUGCAGCAUCAAAGUUUAUAAGCAUGGUUGGCGUGCACCAGCAGGAUAUUGGCAGUGACCACUUCAUCCGCACUCUGCAGCACUUCAUGCAGACAGCCAGUGUGGAGGAUGUAGCCAGGCAGUGUGAGGUGAGUGUGCCCACCAUGCAGCUCAUCAUUGAGGGUCUGGCUCAGCCACUUGACUACGACAUCCGAGCACAGUUUGAAAAGCCACUCUUCCGCCAGGGUGUCACUUCCAUAGACGACAUAUCUUUGGGCACCAAGCUCAGAGGUUCUGUCAGAAAUGUGGUUCACUUUGGAGCCUUUGUGGAUGUUGGUCUUGGUCAGGACGGGCUGGUGCACUCCUCAAGGAUGGGUGGGAUGCGGUUGGAGCUCGGCAAUGUUGUGGAAGUGACUGUCGUUAAUAUUGACAAAGGUCGUGGUAGGAUUGGGUUAAUGCUGCAUAGAGUGUUGAGUUGAAGACUCUGUGUGUGUGUUACCUGAACACUGUGGUGGGUGAAUGUCUGUGUUGUCUCAAGGAAAUUAUGGAUCUUCAGAGAGUUAAUUGAGAAAUAUUUUGAAACAAACAAGUAUUUUGUUCAUUUCAUAAUUGGAGAACCACUGUUUGUGAAGUGUUGGAGUUGAGUUCAGUAAUGGUUGAUUUUUAAUGUUCCAGCGACUGUUAAUCCAUGGUGUUACAACAGACGUAGACUGUUCUGAUAGUGUUGCCAUAGCUGUGGAUGCCAAUCGUGUGUUGUACAGUGAAGAGACAUAAACAGUGGAUUUCCAGCCCAGUGUCAUCCACAUGAAGCUGUGGAUAUCAGUGUACACUUCAAUAGGACCAACUUAUUGCUAAGGAGAAUGGUAUCCUUAAGCAGAAUAUACUGCCCAAGACACUAGAAUGGGUGUCUGAAGCACAAAGCUGCUGGUGACAGUUCCUUAUGCACACUGUCCCAGAGUUACUAUAAUGUGAAACACAAUGCCAAGAUUUUUGUUAUUUUAAGCUAGUGUAAAGUUAUCCUGUUAUAUUGAGUUGCAAUGAGCACAAAGCUAAAAUGUUUUUGAUGCAACAAUAAUGCAUUGUAGUUCCUGUACAGAACAUUCCUGGGAGCACCUCACCACCUUGCUGAUGAAUGGGCUCCAGUAUUUAGCAUUGCAUUUAUGUAACUAAACAACAUUAUUGAGUUUGUACCUGAAUUCAGUAGAAGCAACAUAUUUGUUACAUAUGGUAUUUGUGGAUCUGUUGGUGUUUGUCCAGAGUUCCUAACUGGCCUCACUAAUAACUACCAAGAUGUUGGAGGCAUGUGUACAUACUCUUUAAAUGUCUAGGAAAAGUUGUUAGGAAAGGAAAAACUCUGGCCCAUGAAACUUUGUAAUGAUCGAGUCAUUUGCCCAAUGUGUUGUCAGGGACUUGACAGGGACCCAAGGUGCUGACCAUUUCAUCAUACAUAUGGAUCUGGGCUUCCAAUUCUACAACCUAACAAUUGAGUAAUGAGGAUUUAUGCAGCAAAUUGGUCACUGAACCGUGAGCCACAGGCCUCCUGCAAGGCAUUUGCCAUUGGCUGACUGUGUGAGAGGUUUUAUCUGUCUGUUGGCCUGGCUGCCUGCAUAUACUCUGUUCCCGUGAGGAGUGGAUCGUGUUUAAGGUAAUCUGAACCUCCAGUCCUCAUAGUGCAGUGCUUUGGUAAUGCCAAGUGUUAAAGACAAUGGACACAUUCAGACAAGUGCAAUAUGUGAUGGAAGAAUUUUUUUUUUUUUUUUUCAUACACAUAUAAAUCUUAAAUUUCAUUUUUCUGGUGCUAAGAAAUUACCUUAGUAAUUUUUUCCCAUUACAUAAAAUUGUCACCAGUCCACACAGAAAUCAACAUCUUCCUCUUCAACAAAAGGUUUAGGGCUCAUGACUCGGUGAUCAGACUAGCAGCAGCAUCAUUGAUGAAACACAGACUUGUAAUAAGUAAGGCAUUAUGUGCUGUGCUGCAAUAUCAUAGGCAACCACACAAGGAGUGUGUGACUGAUACUUGUGCAAAGAGCAGUGAAUUUCUUUAGUGAAGACCAUCCAGAACAAUGUUCUGCUUUUGAACGUGUUUGAUUAUUGAAUAGCUUGCACUGUCAUGGAAACAAAAGUAUCAUUUCAUAAUUGGUGAUUUUUUUUUUUUUUAAUGAAUGUAACACAUUGCAAGUAAGGUACUACAAAUUGUCAUCUAAAAUUAGUUUUGAUAAAUAAAAUCUGAAAAGAUG